AUGAUUGAGGAGAAAACACCGCCUGUAUUCGGCGAGGUCGUCAGAGGCGCGCUGCAUGGAAUAGCUAAUCGCGAAAUAAAUAUAAAUUCAAAAUUACGAAAAAAAACACGAUACAAUGAGGUGGUAUGGACACCUACUGAUCUGUUGCAGCGCUAUCGUAUUGCGGCAAAAGAUCGAGCAAAUCACGAAGGACAUACGCACCGGAAACAUCAUCAUCACCACCACCAUCAUCGUGAGGGCGAAAGCAGCCGCGAUAAUGGAAAAUCGGCAAGCAGCACAGGGCCAUCUGUAACACCGAGAGAAGAACUAAGAAUCAACACCGCAUCAACAACAGCUGCGGACUGUAUAAGUAGAAAUACGGUUGAUUUACGCAUGGGUAGCAGUGGACAUCCACGUGAUCCGCGGCAGAACAGGGCAGCGGAACAUCAUCAUUCAUUUAGGAAUGAGCCAGCGAACUGGGAAGAAAAUCCGUAA